AUGAAAUUAGACACAGUGUUUAAAAUAUUACUUCUUGUAGUUAUUGUUUUUACUAUAUGUCAAAUAAGAACAUUAAGUGAAUUAAAGAAUAUUUUAAGAGAUGGAGAUUUCAUAAUAUUCAUAAAAAAUAUGUUGUACAAUUUAAUUAUUAAUUGUAAUUAUUUUCACAUAAAAAAUAAAUGGUUAUCAUUUUAUCGAACAAAAUAUUUAAUUCCUCAAGUAUCUUAUUUCAUUUUUUUUCUUAUAAGUGGAUGUAUCACAUAUGUACUUAAAUAUAUUUUAAAUAAAAUAUCUAACCCUCUUGGGGAAAAACUCAUACCUACCAAAAAAUGGAGCCACAGGAUUAGGAGAAUAAAAGUACAACGAUUUAAUCUGAUGUUUUUUAAUUUAUUUUAUUUUUCUCUUAUGAGCAUUUUUGGAUUCGUUGUGUUGAGACAUGAGACUUAUUUCCCUACGGAGAUGGGUGGGAAAGGAAGGCUUAGUGAUUAUUUUGUAGAUUAUCCUGAACAAAAAACGUGCAACUUAAUUCACCUGUACUAUUUUUUAAAUGGAGGAUAUUUAAUAACAUCUGUAUAUUCACUUUUAAUAUCUGAGAAAUUACCAGACUUUUAUGAAAAUUUUUUACAACAUUUAUGUGCAAUAAUAUUAGUUUAUUUUUCCUACAGUCAAAAUUUUAUAAGAGUUGGGGCCAUAAUUAUGUUGUGCCAUGAUAUAUGUGAAAUAUUUUCAUCAGCGUGUCGAGUAUUUGUAGAUACGAGGUACAAAUUCAUUACUGUUACGUCCUUUUGUAUUUUAUUUACGAGCUGGGGAUUUUUAAGACUUUAUAUUUUUGUCAAGAGAUGUAUUUUACCUAUACAUCGUAACUUUGAUAUAUUUAUUAAAUAUCUUAAAGUCGAAACUUGUAUCUGGUUAAUUUUUUUACUUCUAGUCAUAUUAUUGAUGAACACAUAUUGGCUUAUUCUUAUGGCCAAGAUGUUCAUUCAUUUUAUUAUGAGUGGUAAGACAGAAGACAUACUCACUAGGGUUUCAGAGAUGGAGCGUAUAGAAAAUAAAAAUAAAAAAAGGUAA